CAAAAUGGCCGACUUAAUCUUCAACUUUGAUACCAAUUCAAAUUCAAAUCAAACCAUCACAUCAUCAAUCAAAUCUACACCUGGAAAUUGGACUCAUAAACUUAAACAGAAACGUAAAGCUAAACUAAUCAACAAAAAACAUAAUAAAUCAACCGAAACUCAAUCAAAUCAAAUCAUCAAUGAAGAACCUACAAAUUAUCAUGAACCAACGAUCAAUCAUAAACAUUCUUUGGAUUCGAGAACAAAUGACGAUCCAGUUCCAGGAAAGAGACUACGACAAAAUCUCAUAAAGAAUCAACAAAUCCCCCCAACAAACUUCAAUACAUUUCCUCAUUAUUCUCAUCGAUUAUCAUUCCGACAAUCUCGAAUUCCGAAUCUGAAGAACCUGUAACACUUUACGCACCUUCAAAUGCUUCAUUAUCAGAAAUCCAGAUCACUUCAUCAUCUUUAAAUUUACAUCCCCAAAUCAGUCAACAUAUCUCAACUCAUUCAAAGAUGGGACCCAUCACUUCACCUACUGGCAUUCAAUCGAUUUCUUGGCCUCUUUUAACUUCUUCUAUUAAUCCUUUGACUAGAGAUGUUAUUAUUCAAAGUCAAACUGGUAGUGGAAAAACUUUAGCUUAUUUAGUACCUAUCAUUCAAGACCUACUUUGUUUGUCUACUUCAGAUUCAAAUAAAAGAUUGACCCGAGAGAUUGGAACGAUGGCUAUGAUCUUGGUACCUACAAGAGAAUUGGCAGAACAGGUGACAAAUGUGGCCAUCAAUUUAUUUAAAACCCCUAAACUUAAUCCACGGUGGCUUGUUCCAGGAACCGUUCAUGGUGGAACCAAUCGAACGCACGAGAAAGCUAGGUUACGACGUGGUGUACCUUUACUUGUCUGUACACCAGGAAGGUUAUUGGAUCAUCUUGAAAAAACUGCAGCCCUUCGCGGGGAUCAAUCUUCGGAUCCUAAUUUGAGCUUACGGUGGUUGGUAGUGGAUGAGGCGGAUAGAUUGAUGGAUAUGGGGUUUGAAGAACAAAUGAAGGGUAUAUUGAAACACUUGGCAGAUCGUGAAACAAAGGCUAUCUCAUACUGGGAACGCAAAAGACAAACUAUCAAUCGUGCAGCUCGUCGAACAGUACUGUGUAGUGCCACAAUGCCCGAUGGGGUUAAGAAAUUAGUCGGAAUGACUCUUAACGAUCCUAUUUCUCUCAAGUCAGGCGAAUCUAAUCAAGAUCAAAAUCAGGCAAAAGACGAUAAUCCGAAUGCCCCCAACACCUUCUCAGCUCCUUCUCAACUCACUCAGCAUUACGUUGUGACUCCUCCGAAGCUCAGACUGGUUUCCCUUAUAGCACUUUUACGUCAAAUCACUUCAUUAAAGCAGAUACAUGUCGCUGAGAAAGUCUUGGUGUUUAUGAGCUGUACAGCUUCAGUCGAUUUCCAUUUUGAAGCGUUUGGCGGACUGACGAUGUCUAGAGGACCUGAACCUGAUGAUGUGGUUGAUUCGGAAGACAAGGAUGAUGCAGCUGGCACACAACCUAUUCUCAAGAGCUGUCCACUCCUUCCCGGAACGAAGAUAUUUAGAUUACAUGGUAAUUUAGAUCUUCAAACUCGUUUAUCAUCACUUCAAGCCUUUUCAAAGCCAAAUGCACCGGACGAUAAAGCGCCAUCGAUUCUAUUUUGUACUUCGCUAGCUGGUAGAGGUUUAGAUGUACCAUUCGUAUCACAUGUGAUUCAAUAUGAUUUACCAACUGAAGGCGGUGUAACAGAAUACCUUCAUAGAGUAGGACGUACAGCACGUGCAGGACAAUUAGGAGAAGCUUGGAGUUUUUUAUUACCUAGAGAAGAAGAAUGGGUAGAAUGGUGUGAAAAAGGUCAAAGUAGAGGUAGUCAAGAAGUAGUGAAGAUUCAACCGAUUGGAGUUGAAAACCUUUUGAAGAAAGGGUUUGGAGGGAAUGAAACAGAGUGGGAAACUCGUGCUACUGAUGUACAGAUGGCUAUUGAAAGAUGGGUUGUUAAAAAUUUAGAUAAUACAUCAUUGGCAUCUAAAGCAUUUAGCUCACAUAUCAGAGCAUAUGCGACACAUCCAUCACAAGAAAAACAUUUCUUUCAUGUCAAGAGUUUACAUUUAGGACAUUUAGCUAAAUCAUUCGGAUUGAGAGAAGCACCUAAACGAAUUUCAGGAUCAUUUUCUACAGAAGAUAUGACCAAACCGAUUAGUAAACGACAGAUGAAAUUAGCUAAUAGAAGGAAUCGAACUGCUAUUAUUGAAGAAGAAGAAGAUGAAGAAGCGGAAGGUAAUGAGAGUAGGUUUGUUAGUUUAAGUCAGUUCAAACAUAAGAAAAAUGGAAAUACAUUGAAAGGGCCAUUAGUCAAUGGUGCUGAUGAGUUUAAUAUUGGAGGUUUUUGA